ACAUUCAUGUAACGCAAUUUAGUCAUUUUUAACGUUAAAAGAUGUAACGUUUUCAGACUUUUUUUCCGUCAAAAUCGACUGAAAUUUCAGUGUAAACCAACUGUAUGAAUAUUGGGAACGAGAAAAUGUUAGAUUUUAAAUUAAAGAGAAAAGAAUUAUGUAUCAAUUAAUAGUGUUCACAAAAAUAGUAUAAAAUUCUAUGAUUUAAAUUGUUCAUGUUUUUGUUCAUGUAUUGAUCCAAAGAGAAUGAACUAAAUGGUGAGAGUAUAUUUUCAAAUUCAUUUCUUCUGAUUUUCAACGAUUACGUUUUAAAUUGUCCAGAGAUGGCAGGCAAAACUAAUGUAGUGAAUAUUCCCGCUAUUAGUGUUGGUUCAUUUUGAAGUUUGUUAUUGUAAACAAACCGCCGUUCACAAUUUCACCAUGUCAUGAAAUAUGAAUCUUUGCUUCGUUCGACUAAAUUCAUAUUGAACAGCCAGCAAAAGGGAAAAAGGGUAAGUCAUUUGAAUUGUUAUCGUUGUGACAUCGAACGAGUGAUCGAACCAAACAAUACCACCGUGUGCAUGUGAUUUUCGAAAUCAACAAACCAUCGAUUGUUGUGUGUUUUUUUGUUUGUUUACAGUUUUGAUCCGUAGCCUGUGGAAGAAAUCUGCUGUCGAAAUAUCGUGAGCGUUUCGAUAUUUUAUCACGGUGUGCGGUGUUCGUGUCACAACCAAAUUCAGCUUGAUGUGUCAAACUGAUGCCGGUUGCACAUUCACAUUGAUCUGAGCAUUUGGAAAGGGUUCAAUAAUGGGCAGAAAAAGGAUAGGGGCACAUACCAUUCGUGGCAAUAGGUCGAAACCGCGGAAAGUUGAAGAUGGCAAGCAAAAGGAGGAGAAAGCAUACUUUGCAAUCAAGUUGGCCGCCACUAGUAUUGUUCGACCGGAAUAUCGUGAUCGUAUUCUGCCAUGGAUCACAAAAACCAGCAUAAAAUGCACCGAAAUAUCUGAAUUGGCGUCGCUUUUAUUCCUCAACAAAGUCAGAGCUGCCACUGAACAGGCCAUCAUCACCGGCAAUUGGGAAUAUUUCGACGAUGGCGAUGGAAUGCACAUCAUCGAAAAUUGCUUCUAUGCUGUGUUGCGGCGCUACAAGGAAGACGAUUUCAUUAUGGAUCCAUGGUUCCGGCAUUGCUUUGAGAAUGUGGACAUCGAGAAUCGCUCCGCAUGGCCAAACAAUGAUUACUUCGGCAACUUGAUGAAAUAUUUGUUCCAACAAUAUGGCCGUAAUGUUAAGACGAAUUUGGAUACACAUGCACAGAAACGAUUGCGGUAUUUCUUGAGAUUGAAGGCAUUCAGACAGAACUACACUAACCGGAUUCGUGGCCUACCGGACACAUACGAUGAACGAGAUGUGGCAAAUGCAGUGUCAUGGGCAAUCAAACGAUAUGACGCAACAAGAGGUGAUGCUAAUCGCUUGGCCAAACGAGAUCGAUUGUUGCGUUACGUUCGAGACAUUCGUGGACCAGCUGACGAUGAUAUCGCCAAAUUCACCAAAGACGAAGAUACAUGGUUUUCAUCAUUGCCAAUGUGGUUGAUCAUGCAAUCGGAAAUCGAAACGCACCUCAACUGGGUUGAACAACACCACGACAACAUCGUGCAAGUCAUUGCGUUGCCAAACAUCAAGAAUUUGGUGGUCAUCCCAAUCUGUCAUCACACGCGAAAGGCAGUGAGAAUAGACGCUGAUGUUUUGUAUCGUAUGAUGUGCGAAACCGGUACCAUUCCGCGUGAUGAAUAUGGUCGGCAACAUACAGUGGGCCACGUCACGUCAAAAUCAAAUCAAGCGUAUUAUUUCAAUAUGAUUUUUAACAUGGAGAAAAUCAAUCGAGUGUUGAAAGCAAACAAAAAAUUCGAACAUAUUCUCAGCGAUGGUGUAUCGGCAUCGAUUCUGUACUCAGUGAAGAAAACCGUAGUCGACAAGUUAGUGGAAGAUGGUUUGGUGCGUAAACGGUACUCUGAUGGCUUCUAUGUCUAUGAAUUGGGCAUUGAUUGGGGCAUGAAGACGUGGAAUGCAACCGUUAGGCGACGGAUUAAUAAUGACAAAGAGCGAAUUCAUAAUGGCAAAGAGAUGAACUUCACAAUCAACAGCAAGAAGUAUCAUUAUGGGACCGAAGAAGGAGUGCGUAAAGAAAAGAGAGAGCGAUGGACUCGUGCCUUUGGGCAGUUCGAAGAGAGUGAUCGAAACAACCGUGUGCGAUAUGACCGAAUGCCAUCACCAAAAGGAAGCAAUUGGCGUGACUACAUACGGCAUCGAUUGACCAUCAUGAAGAAAGCCAUUGCAGUGUACACAACCAAAAAGUACACACGUUUAAGUUUUGAUCAUUACAUCGAGUCCAAUCGUGUCAGUGACAAGGUGGCCGCAAUGCUGACAAAUCGCAAACGAUGCAUCAUUAACAUUGGAGCUUCCCAACCACCUGCAAAUUCACCAAUACAGAUCAAGAAACACGUUCGAUGCCCGGGCGUGCGGAAAUUGGUGAAGAGUUUCAAGAAAAUGGAAGGCAAUGUCAUACGAUUUGUGAACGAAGCCAGAUCAUCACGAUUGUGUGCCAGAUGUUUCGAACCAUUUCCAUUGAGUACAUUGAACGAUCGUGUCAAGGUGUGUGAAUGGUGUAUGCCCGAUCAAGAUGAUUGGCCUGAUGGAAUGAAGCUACCAGAGAAAAUUGUAGCGGCAAAGAGCAAGCGGAAGUUACGAUCAGAGCGACGAGCGAUGCGACAAGCAGCAGUGCAGAAUCCAAAUCAACCCCGUGGUUUUGUGUCUAAGGUGAUUUGCUACCGUAAAAACUGGCAACAAAACGCGGCAAACGGUAUGGAUGACAAUGUUGAAGAGCGCAGAGGUGUAAUCAUUCACGACGCUGAACUCGGUAUCAUCGAGUACACAGAUGAAUAUGUGCCCGAAGACCCUGUUGACGACUCUCCAGUACUGAAGACAGUUUGGCAACGUGACAUUUCAGCUGCAAAAUUGAUCUUGUACAGAGGUAUGUUACUCAUUGAAUUAAAAUUGAUGCAAUAGUAAUGUGUGUGUGUUUUUUUUCUCUUUGUUUUUUUUCUCUUUGGGCAUUGCGAACUCUUUGGACAUCGGCUGCAUGAUGCGUUCACACGUCAACACCUCGUGUAUCCAACUCGAUUCCGAGUCAACUUCAACAUUCAUUAAUAUCAAUGGAGCCGCAAUUUAUGUUUUAUUUUUCAAAAGAAUUUAUGUAACAGUAUGUUAUUUGUAGUUGGUUGAGGUCUUAGUCUCCCAGACAUCAUCGAUACCAGAUAUCGAUGGCUAUCUAUAUUCUAUAGUCUAUAUAGAUGUAGGUAGAGUACAGGAUAAUUCCUGUAGGUGAGUAUCACUAUUUAUUAGCAUAUUGAAUAUUGAUUCAUAAUCGUUUUUAUAUCAUUCUAAUUGAUUUGUUUUUACUGCUCUUUUUCUACUUCCAUUGUGACGUUAAAAAUGACUGAAACUACACCCAAAUGCGGGCCCAAAUUCAACCGUUUACAUACGCUUGGUAAUGGAUGUAUUUGCGUUAACAAUUGUUCCUUGGGUAGUAUUGGCCACAAAAUCAAAAUUGAAUAAUGAAAAAAGUGAAACAAAGUCUCAAAACGUUGUUAUUCUUUAUAGAUUGGUUGUUGUAUUUGAAAACUACCUACAUAUUUAAAGCGAUAUAUAAAAAUGUUCAACUUAUUAUGGCAUCGUUUGCUUGCUUGCUUUUUUUUCUUGCUUCUUCUUAUUAUAUGUUUGUGUUCCUUCAUUCGAUAUUUGAUUGUAUAAAAA